AUGCAGUUGAAAUAUUUGCGUACACUGCUGGAAGGACAGGAGCACAUACAGCGCAUUGCUGGCUUGGCGUGGUCACCCAAUCAACAGAAGCUGGCCAUAGCCACUGCCGAUCGUCAUAUAUUGCUCUACGAUGAUGCUGGCGAGCGUCGUGAUAAGUUUAGCACAAAGCCUGCGAAUGCAGCGAAUGGUAAGAACUCUUAUGUCAUACGUGGAUUGGCCUUUAGUCCGGACUCGACCAAGCUGGCAGUGGGUCAAAGCGAUAGCAUUGUGUAUGUCUACAAGCUGGGCGAGACGUGGAAUGACAAGAAGGUUAUCUGCAAUAAAUUUCCACAAGCAAGUGCAGUGACAACGCUCAUUUGGCUGGGCACAGGCGCCAUCAUAGCUGGUCUGGAGGACGGCAAAGUGCGCGCUCUGCACUGCAAGAGCAACAAGUCCCAGAGUCUUUAUGGCGGCGACAGCAUUUGCAUCUCGCUUGCGGCCAAUACUAAAGGCAAUGGCUUUCUUAGCGGUCAUAACGAUGGCACUAUAAUACGUUUCUAUCUAACGGAUGAAGCUACAGAGCCACUGGGACGCGUGGUGCAGCAUUCUGUGCCGCCUUUUGCCUUGGCCUGGCCACAAGGUGGCUUCUGUGCAGCGGGCUGUGAUCAGCGUAUUGUAUUUUAUGAUAGUGUGGGUCGUCAGCUGCGCUGCUUUGACUACUCACGCAGCGAGGGUGAGCGCGAGUUUACUGUAGCUGCCUGCAGUCCCAAUGGACAAGCCGUAGCCUUUGGCAGCUACGAUCGCAUACGCAUCUUUGCCUGGAGUCCCAGACAGAGCGCUUGGAGCGAGAGUGCCAGCAAGGAGAUCAGCUGUCUAUAUACGCUAAGUGCAUUGCUCUGGCGACGCGAUGGCGCUCGCCUGGCUUUGGGUUCAGUCAGCGGCGCUGUGCUGCUCUACGAAUCGGUGCUUAAGCGCACUAUAUGGCAAGACAAGUUCGAGUUGAUAUUUGUAGCACCAAGCCAGCUGCUGGUCAGAUCACUGACGGAGCCAACGCAGCAGCUGACCAUCGAAUCACAGCUGGGACUGGAAAUCGAUGAUGUGCGCAUUAUGGGCAGAGACAACUUUCUGGUGGGCCGCACCGAAGAGUCCUUAAUACUCUGCGAUUUGACGCGCAAUUUGAGCAGCGAAGUGCCUUGGACUGCAUCGGGACGUCACGAGCGUUUCUACUUUGAGAACCCUUUGGUCUGCCUAAUCUUUAAUGUGGGCGAACUUAGUCUAGUGGAAUACGGCGUUAAUCACAUUUUGGGCUCGGUGCGCACAGAAUUUGUUAAUCCGCAUGUCAUCUCGGUGCGGCUUAACGAACGCGGCAAUGCUAGAGAGAACAAGAAGCUGGCCUUUCUCUUGGAUGCCAAGACCAUUUGCGUGGUGGACUUGUUGAGCCAGAUGAUCAGCGGACAGAUCAAUCAUGAAACUAAAAUCGAUUGGCUGGAACUGAGCGAGACGGCACACAAGCUGCUGUUCAGGGAUAAAAAACUGCGCCUAGUACUGGUGGAUAAUUAUUCGGGCAAGAAGCAAACGUUGCUUAGCAAUAUAUCCUUUGUACAGUGGGUGCCACAGAGUGAUGUGGUUGUAGCUCAAAGCAAUACCAAUCUGGCUAUAUGGUAUAAUAUAGAUCUCCCAGAGCAUGUGACUAUGCAAACAGUACGCGGAGAGGCCAUCGAAGUGCUCCGAGAGCAUGGCCGCACUGUGGUUCGCUCUCAGGAUGGUCCCAGCGAGCAUAGCUAUCAGCUGGACGAAGGUCUUGUGGAAUUUGGCACAGCCGUCAAUGAUAAUGAUUUUGGCAGAGCGGUGCACUUUUUGGAAACUUUGGGCGACAAGCCUGCUGCCAAGGCCAUGUGGCAUAACCUAGCGAUCAUUGCGCUCGAGGAGGGCAAUCUACGAGUGGCGCAACGUUGCUAUGCAGCGCUAAGCAAUGUAUCCAAGGCGUUCUAUCUGGCUGAAAUGAUACGCGAGGCAGAUGACUAUGAGCAAUUGACUGGCACGCCGGGCAUAAACUGCGCUGAAGUGCGCGCCAAGCUUGCUCUGCUGGGCGCGGAUUUGCGUGCAGCGGAGCGUAUUUAUUUGGAGCAAGGACAACUGGAGGCGGCACUGAGCAUGUAUCAGCAACUGCGCAUGUGGGAUGAGGCAGUGGCCUUGGCGGAGCGACGUGGUUAUGUGGGCUUGCCAGCGCUUAAACAGCAGCAAAUGGAUUUUCUUAUGGAAACUGAGCAGCCAGAGAAGGCGGCACAGCUGCUGGAGGAGAGCGGUGAACUGCAACAGGCCAUGUUGUUGUAUCUCAAGGCGAAGAAGCCGGCGCGUGCAGCAAGAUUGGCAUUGAAGACGCCCACGCUGCUGCAGCAGGAGCAGCUGAUGUUGCAAGUUACCGAAGGCCUGGUGCAGUGUGAGCUCUAUGAGCUGGCCGGCGAGCUGGCGCAGCGUCUGGAACGCGCCGAGGCGGCACUAACGCUGUAUCGCAAAGGUGGCGCUUUUGCCAGAGCCUUGGAGCUGGCGCGUGUGCUGGCGCCGCAGCAAGUGACAGAACUAGAGGAACAAUGGGGUGAUUGGCUGGUGCAGCGCAAGCAACUGGAUGCGUCCAUCAACCAUUACAUAGAGGCAGGCGCCACACACAAAGCCUUGGAGGCUGCCGUCGGUGCCAAGCAAUGGCGCAAAGCAGUGCAAAUAGCCAAGGUGUUGGAUGAACCAGAAUUGAUACAACGCUAUGCUGUCGACUUGGCACGUCACUUAGCCUUUGCUGGCGAUCUGGAGGGCGCCGAGGACUUGUUAGUGCGCGCGCAGCUUUACAAGGAGGCCAUUGAGCUGCUCAAUCGUCAUGGCAAGUGGGAGCGUGCCUAUGUCAUAGGCGAAAAGUAUUUAAAAGCGGAGCAGCUGCGUGAACUAUUUCUACAGCUCGCCAGUCAGCUGGAAAGUCAAGCCAAGUACCGCGAUGCGGAGAAAGUGCUGCUGGCAGUGAAUGAACCAGACUUGGCCAUCGCUAUGUAUAAGCGACGUGAGCUUUAUGACUCCAUGAUUCGACUGGUGGAGCGUUAUCACAAGGAGCUGCUGGACAGCACACAUUUGCAUCUGGCACGUCAGCUGGAGUCGCGUGGCAAGCUAAAGAACGCCGAGCUGCACUUUAUAGCCGCGGGCGAUUGGAAGAGCGCAGUGCAUAUGUAUUGCAGCAGCAGCAGAUGGGAGGAUGGCUAUCGUGUGGCGCAGCAACAGGGCACAGAGGGCGCCAGCCAACAGGUGGCUUACAUGUGGGCCAAGUCCAUGCCGCUGGAGAGCGCGGUGCGGCUGCUGAGUAAAUUGGGCUUGCUGGACACUGCCUUGGGCUUUGCCUGCGAUGCGGGUCAGUUUGAUUAUGCGCUGGAGCUUUGCCGCUUUGCGGGCAAAUCCACAGACGAAGUGUACCUAAAGCUGGCCAUGUCGCUGGAGGAUGAGGGCAAAUUUGAGCAGGCAGAGGCUGAGUUCUUAAAGGCGCACAAGCCCAAGGAGGCUAUACUGAUGUAUCAGCAUGCUGGCGACUGGACAGCAGCGCUGCAGAUAGCCGAGCAGCAUUUGCCUGAAGCUAUCACUGAGCUGCUCUUAGCUCAAGCGCAGGCAGCACUGGAAAUGCGCAACUUUGAGGAUUACGAGGCUUUAAUGCUGCGUGCGCAGCAUCCCGAACUCAUCAUAGAGCACUACAAGCAAGCCAAUCUGCUGGACGAUGCGCUGCGCAUAGCGGAGCAACAUUAUCCAGCGGGUCUGAAUGAUUUGCGUCGUCUGCAGGCGCAGGAGCAACGCAGCCAGCCAACAGCGACGCAGGACUCACGCGCCUAUUUGCAACGUGCGGCGGAGUUUGCCAAGCGUGAGGAGUUCCGCAAGGCGGCCGAGUGUCUGAUGCAAAUAGAUGCCACCAAUGCAGAGGAUGCAGCCACAUUGGAGCGCGCUCUGCUGCGUGCUGCAGAGAUUAUCAAUCAGUUUCUGGAGGGCAAAGACGCGCAGGACCUGGCUACGAUAUUGGGACCACGUCUAUUGGCUAUUAAACAAAUUGCUGCCGCUGCUCAGUUGUAUCUGGCAGCUGAUCUGCCAAAGCAAGCAGUGGAUGUGUUUAUACAAGCUGAACAGUGGAGCAAAGCGCGUCGUCUGGCCAAGGAGAUUGAUCUGGAGCUGUUGGCGUAUGUGGAGCAGCAGCAAAAAUCGCGACUGCAAAGCGAGGGCAAUGUGGAACAACUAGCGGACAUAGAUAUCAUUAGCGCACUGGAUUUGCUGGCGGAGCAGGGUCAAUGGCAGCGCUGUCUGGACAAGGCGCAACAGCUCAAUCCCAGCGUGCUCCAGAAAUAUGUGGCAGCCUAUGCAGCGCAGCUUAUCCGAUCGGGCGACUGCAGCAACGCCUUGAAUUUGUAUCUCAACUAUGCCGCACCAGCUAUCGAGGAGCACUUCAACAUCUAUACGCGCAUUGCCUUGGACUGUUUGGCUUUGCGUGAGCACCAAACUGAAGGCGGCGUCUUGUGGCAGCGUUUGCGCGACUUUCUGCAGCAUUUACUGCAGGCGCUGCAGGCUUCGAAGCACGCACAAUCCAAAUUUGCCACGCAAGUGGAGCAGUUUUUACUGAUUGCCCAUUACUAUGCCACACGUGCCGCUUGCCGUCAGCUCCCGGCAUUGCAUCCUGUUGCCUUGCGCCUCUCGCUCGCUCUGCUGCGUCACACGGAUCUGCUGCCCGUGGACAAGGGCUUCUAUGAAGCCGGCAUGGACUUGCGUGAGGCUGGUCGUGAGCCUGAGGCCUUUGUCAUGCUUAAUCACUACUUGGAUGUUUGCGAGGCCAUUGAGGAGGGCUCGGGCGCUUUGGUGGAUCAUUCGGAUCUGGCCAGCACAGAUUUUCCCAGCUCUGUGCCGCUACCCGAAGAUAUACAUCUCAAAAACGAGCCCAAUCUACACGAGGAGGUGCGCGAAUGGAUUUUGGCAGUCAGCAUGGAUCAGCAGCUAGAUCAACUGCUGCCCAAUGAUGACCGUGGACUCUACGAAUGCAGCCUUGGUCCCAAUGACAAGGCUUGUUUGCUCAGCGGCUAUCCAGUGCGUGGACGUCAACCUGUGAGUUUUCAGUGCUCCACCAAUUUAGUUAAUCGCGAUGUCUGGAGCAAGUUCUCUGUGGCUGUGAAAAUGUCGCCCAACAGUCAAGUGACCGACCUAAUAGGAUUUGUGGAAAAAUGGCAGGGAGUUGCCAACUAUGUUAUGCAUUAGUUCUAACACAAAAUAAUUUUACUCAAAUGCAUGUAAUUUUAAUU